GUGGACCAACUUGCUAGAAAGACUUUGGCCAAAGUUUGCACAUUAGCUAAACGCAACAAAACUCGCGACAGUUCCGUUUGUUUUUGUUGAACAAAAUCGCUAGUAACACUAACUGACUUUAUUGUAGUUAAAGGUUGAACUACUUGCAGUGGGGAAUAAAAACAGGUGGUUAUGGGAGCAACAACGAGUAAGUUGCCGAAAGAUCUUCUCUCAGAAUAUCAGGAGCUCACAUUUCUUACAAAGCAAGAAAUCUUACUGGCACACAAAAGAUUCAGUGAACUCCAGGGCAGAGAUGAUGGACCGUACAGCUCCAGGGUGUCCAUGCAAAAGGUCCUAACACUUCCUGAACUGAAGUCAAACCCCUUCCGGAAAAGGAUAUGCCAAGUUUUCUCGACCUCUGACUUGAAGGAUGGCAGCUUGAGCUUUGAGGACUUCCUGGACCUCUUGAGUGCCUUCAGCGAUUCUGCAACGAUGGAAAUCAAGUCCCACUACGCCUUCCGAAUCUUCGACUUUGAUGAUGACGGCACCCUCGAUGCUAAAGACCUGGAGAGGCUGGUGAAUUGUCUGACUGGAGAGACCGAGGACACCCGUCUCACUGCAGAGGAAAUGAGGCAACUCAUAAGCAAUAUUCUUGAGGAGUCAGACAUCGAUAAAGACGGAACUGUGAACCUCUCUGAAUUUCAACAUGUGAUCUCCAGAUCCCCAGACUUUGUCAGUUCCUUCAAGAUCGUGUUGUGAGGUUUACACAGAAUUGAUGCUGUUUACCGGUCCAAUUAUUCACCUGCACCUAUAAUCUUUCAUUAAAUAUCCCGAUAAUGCCUUCAUUGUAAAUGUAUUCUCUUGUGCAGUAUUUCUACUCUUAUGUAUCUGAAACCCUUUUUUACAUACAGAAAUCUACUUUCUAUCCUGUACUUUGAAUCAUAUAUUUGUACCCAAUUUAAUACAUUCUAAAGCAAGUUUGUUAUCCCUCUUGUAAUAAUGAACAUUUGCAUAUAUGAAAGUAAUAUAAUAAAAGGAUGUGUUUCCAUCAG